UUAGGCUGCAAGGAAUUUAAGCAACUUUGGGCUUGUGUCGUUUGGCCCGUGGAAAAAUGACACCCACUCAGUUUGUGCUAUUAGGAAGAAAAUAGCGGUUUGCCGCUCCACAUCUGCUGACAUGUUUUCCCCGCUUUUGCUCUUUGCACUGGCCCAGUUUGCCCGGCCCCCACCACCGCAUCUGUAAGCGAGCUGAGCUGAGCUGCGCGCACCGGCGAGGAGGGGGUGGAAACAAAAAAAAACAAAAAUGGACUUCAAAUCGGAGCUGCUCAAGUCCAUCUGGUACGCGUUCACCUCGCUGGAUGUGGAGAAGUGCGGGAAAGUGUCCAAAUCUCAGUUGAAGGUGCUUUCCCACAACUUGUACACGGUGCUGAACAUCCCACACGACCCCGUGGCCUUAGAGGAGCAUUUCCAGGACGACGAUGACGGCCCCGUGUCCAAUCACGGCUACAUGCCUUACCUCAAUAAAUACAUCCUGGAUAAGGUGAAAGAAGGCAUGUUCGACAAGGAGAAGUUUGACGACCUGUGCUGGACGAUGACCAUGAAGAAGAACCGAAAGGGGCCGCCGCCAGAAGGGGCGCUGUUGUCCGAGAGGAACUGCUUCAAGCUCUUUUGCCUGUUUAACCUGCUCUCCGAGGACCGCUACCCGCUGGUCAUGAUCCCGCAGGAGGUGGAAUAUCUCCUGAAGAAAAUCUGCAGCGUCAUGAGUCAGGAAUGGGACGGCAAGCCCCUGGAGGACUUGGUCUCCCAGAAUCCGGAGCUGCAUGAAGAAGGCUUGUCCGUUUGGAGUUUCCUGGAGCACAUGGAUGCCGGACGCCUGCUGCGCUUCACCGGCGCCGAGGCCUUCAGCCUGGCCCUACACGAGGUCUUCCUGGAGAUGUACCACAACGUCCUAAAGCGGGGCUACAUGUGGAAGAAAGGCCACGUGAGGCGGAACUGGACGGAGCGCUGGUUCGUACUCAAACCGUCCUCCAUGGCCUACUACGUCGGCGAGGACCUGAAAGACAAACGAGGAGAGAUCCACCUGGACAAGACCUGUGUCAUCGAGCCCAUUCCGGACAGAGAAGGCAAACGUUGCUUGUUCUGUGUCAAAACUCACAACAAAACGUACGAGAUGAGCGCGUCGGACCAGAGACAGAAGGUUGAGUGGACGCAAGCCGUGCAGACGGCCCUGCGUCUUCAGAGCGAGGGCAAGCCGUCGCUGCACCGCGAGCUGAAGGUCAAGAGGCGGGUUCAGCGGGAGCACAGCCAACGGGAACGCAGCUGCAGUGCCCGCAGCAGCUGCAGCAGCCAAUCGGAGGACUCCAGCAACUUGGAGGCGGAGCACGCUGAUAAGGACCGGCAGGACUUGGAGAUAGAGAGCAUCAUACAGCACGCGCGGGAGCUGGAAACCCGACGGCGGGAGGUGGAGGAACGGGAAAGGAGGAAGCAGAGGGAAGUUCAGAUGGAGCUGGAGAGACAACUUGAAGAGGCCCAGAUGAUGAGGGAGAGCAUGAGGGCGGAGAUGCAGGAGAGGGCCAAGGAGGCUGAGCAGCAGCGGCAGCGGAUACAAGAGCUGGAGGUCACGCAGCGCAAAAUGGAGGCCGCGCUCAACAUGGAGAUCCAGGCGCGGAUGGAGGAGGAGAGGGCCAGGCAGGAGCUGGAGAGACUGCUGGAGGCCGAGGAGGAGAAGAAGCAGCAGUUCCAGCUCCUCCAGGAGCAGCAGCGGGUCCUGCGCAGCCUCAGCCCCGACGAGGACAGCGACACGCCCGACACGGACCAUGACGUGGACCUCCAGGCUCCCGACGCCCUUCACUCAGCAUCCCUUGAGCUCCGAGAUUUGCAGGCGUCACGGCAGAGAAGCCACCAGCAUUUGGAGGAAGUGCAGGAGAAGUUAAGGAACGCCAGUCAACACGUCCGCCACUGGAACGUCCAACUCAACCGCCUCAUGAAGCCCAUCGGCCCUGGAGAACGUUUGGAACAUCGCUCCAGCAAACAUUCGUGUCCCAAGAAAGAGGGCGCCCUGGCCAGCAAUGAGUUCAUCUCCAAGUUCAAGAUCCGAGAUGCUCGCAAUCCCGACACGCUCAAGGAGUACCGGCACACGCCGGAGGAGAACAUGGAGGCGCUACGCCUGUCGGACGACUCGGACGAGGCUGCGGAAACUUCCAACGGGACAAUCUGAUCACCCGGAAAUUAACACAGUGUUGGUAUUUAUAGUGACUGACAGCAAGAGCUGCGACAAAGUCCACAUUUCAGGAGGACAGAGAUUUACAUUUUUUUGUAUAAUACAUUUGAUGGUUAAUUAAUGCUGCAGAUUCCUGGACUCCUUAAUUUUUAAAAAACAUCUAUCAUUCAUCUUACAAGAAUAUAGUUAUACUUUUAUUAGGGAAAAGUAAUAAUGAAUCUGUUUAUUAAGUGAAGUCUUGUUUUACAAGAAUUAAAACAUUUUUAAUGAGAA